ACUCGAAAACAGAAAAGCGAUCGUGUUACGGUAACAACUCCGUAGGUUUUUUCACGGUCUUUGCCUAAUGUUUUCCUCCAUGCCUGCAUUUCCCAUGGCGCCCGCUAUCGCGCUGAAUAACUGGGGGACAUCUUAACUGUUAUUUUACUUGGCUAUAACUCGUUUUUUAGCUUAGGUUUUAAUUUAUUUUCGUUGCAUUCUCAACCGGCCAUGACCGUGGAGCAGAAUGUCCUCCAACAGCAUUCGCAGAAGCAUCAGCAGACUCUACUGAACCAGCUGAGGGAGGUCACAGGCACCACAGACGUACAGCUACUUCAGCAGGCCCUGCAGGUCAGUCAUGGAGACCUGGCGGAGGCGGUGGCCUUUCUGACGGAGAAGAAGGCCAAGGUGCCCCAGCAGGAUGAGGCCACCUACUACCAGACCACCCAGGUGGGCAACGACAGAUACAUCAGCGUUGGCAGCCAGGCAGACACCAGUGAGUACCUACCUCACCCAGCGCUGCCCGGGGCAGGCCCUAGCCAGGGAGAUACUAACGUGAUUGACCUGACAGGCGAUGACAAGGAUGACCUCCAGAGGGCCAUCGCUCUCAGCUUGGAGGAGUCCAGCCGGGCCUUCAGGGAGACGGGCAUCACUGAUGAGGAGCAGGCCAUCAGCAGAGUUCUGGAGGCCAGCAUAGCAGAGAACAAGGCAAGCCUAAAGCGGACACACACGGAAGUGUGGAGUGACUCGCCCAAUCCCCAUGACAGGAAGAGAAUGGAGAACUGCCCUGUGGGUCUAAAGAACGUGGGCAACACCUGCUGGUUCAGCGCCGUCAUCCAGUCUCUGUUCAACCUGCUGGAGUUCCAGAGGCUGGUGCUACACUACUCCCCUCCUGCCACAGUCCAGGACCUGCCUCGCAACCAGAAGGAGCACAGAAACCUACCCUUCAUGCAGGAGCUUAGGAACUUGUUCUCCCUCAUGGUGGGUUCUAAGAGGAAGUACGUGGACCCGUCUUGUGCCGUGGAGAUCCUCAAGGACGCCUUCAAGUCCAGCGAGUCUCAGCAGCAGGAUGUGAGUGAGUUCACACACAAGCUGCUGGACUGGCUGGAGGAUGCCUUCCAGAUGAAGGCAGAGGAGGACCGAGAGGGUGAGAAGCCAAAGAACCCGAUGGUGGAGCUGUUCUAUGGCCGGUUCCUGGCUGUUGGUGUUCUCGAAGGAAAGAAGUUUGAGAACACUGAGAUGUUUGGGCAGUACCCCCUGCAGGUGAACGGCUUUAAGGACCUGCAUGAGUGUCUCGAGGCGGCCAUGAUUGAGGGGGAGAUCGAGUCCCUGCACUCAUCAGCAGAGAACUCUGCCAAGUCUGGACAGGAGCACUGGUUUACCGAACUCCCUCCUGUCUUGACCUUCGAACUGUCAAGAUUUGAGUUCAACCAAGCUUUGGGUCGACCUGAGAAGAUCCACAGCAAGCUGGAGUUCCCCUCCAUGCUGUACAUGGACAGGUAUAUGGACAGGAACCGAGAGAUCACCAGGAUUAAACGGGAGGAGAUCAGGAGACUGAAAGAGCACCUGACUCUACUCCAACAGCGUCUGGAGAGGUAUCUGAGCUAUGGCUCCGGCCCCAAGAGGUUUCCUCUGGCAGAUGUCCUGCAGUACGCCAUGGAGUUUACUUCCAGUAAGCCAGUCUGCACCUCUCCUGUGGGGGACUUUGAUACAUCAGCACCCCCUGGUGGCACAACAGGGCAACUGCUGCCCGCUUCAAGCACAGCCGAACAGGGUCCCUCUACCCCUCCAGAGGGUUUGGCCCUCGCCCUGGCUCUCACCCCGGCCCCCUCCACCCAGCAGAGAGUGCCUAUCCACAAGCCCUUCACCCAGUCCCGACUGCCCCCUGACCUGCCCAUGCACCCGGCCCCACGACACAUCACUGAGGAGGAGCUCCGGGUGCUGGAGUGCUGCCUGCACCGCUGGAGGAGUGAGGUGGAGAAUGAUACCCGCGAUCUUCAGGGCAGUAUAUCCAGAAUCCACAGGACCAUUGAGCUUAUGUACUCUGACAAGUCCAUGAUGCAGGUUCCGUACCGGCUGCAUGCGGUGUUGGUGCAUGAGGGCCAGGCCAAUGCUGGACACUACUGGGCCUACAUCUAUGACCCCCACCAGCGGUGCUGGAUGAAGUACAACGACAUCUCAGUCACCAAGUCCUCCUGGGAGGAGCUGGUCAGGGACUCGUUCGGAGGCUAUCGCAACGCCAGCGCCUACUGCCUCAUGUACAUCAACGACAAGAAGCCCUUCCUCAUAGAAGAGGAGUUUAAUAAGGAGACGGGCCAGAUGCUGAGUGGUCUGGAUAAGCUCCCCCCAGACCUGAAGGCCUACGUGAAGGAGGACAAUGGCCUCUUUGACAAGGAGAUGGAGGAGUGGAACACACUGCAGGCACGCAAGGCCCAGCAAGAGAAGCUGGCCCUGGCUGUGGCCACCGCCGCAACCGCUGUAGUAGCAGAAACAACAGCAACAACAACGUCCUCUCAGCCUAUGAGUACAGAACCCAGUACACCAGACAACUCGGCUCCACAGCAGGACCCAGAGUACAUGGAGCAGCCGUCCCCCACAGACUACUCCAGGCACUUGCAGGAGGACACUGAGAGGGCCAUCUCCAAAGCUGCAGCCGAGCAGCAGGAGGAGAGGAGCCCAGAGGGACUGCUUACUGCACUCUCUCCACAGUCCUGUGGGGAGAGUGUCUCCCCACGCCUUCCCCCCCAGCCUGAGAUCAAGGUGAACCCUGAAACCCCUCUCGUGCCUCCUUCUGACCCCCCUGUGAAGGAUAAGCCCCCUGCCCACCGUAUUGUAGAGGUGGCCAUCCCCCAGGCCAUGAUGACUCCAAACAUGCAGGGUAUUAUAAUGUCCAUUGGCAAAGCAAGGACUGUGUUUGAAAAGCUUGGGCCUGAAGCGGCCUUCUUCAAGGCCAUUAAGGUGGAGUACACCCGUCUGCUGAGGUUUGCCCAGGAGGACACAGCCCCGGGGAGUGACUACCGACUGCAGCACGUCAUCGUCUACUUCAUCCAGAACCAGGCCCCCAAGAAGAUCCUGGAGAGAACCCUCCUCAUGCAGUUUGCCGACCGAAACCUGGGCUUUAACGAACGGUGUAAGAGCAUUAUGAAAGUGGCGCGUGCCAAACUAGACCUCUUUAAGCCAGAGGAGAUCAACAUGGAGGAGUAUGAGAUGUGGCAUCAGGACUACAGGAAUUUCCGCGAGACAACAAUCUUCCUGAUGAUUGGCUUGGAGCUGUUCCAGAAGAAAAGCUUUGUGGAGGCAUUGAUGUACCUGAUCUACUCAUACCAGUACAACAGAGAGCUGUUGGUCAAAGGGUUGUACCGAGGUCACGACGAUGAGCUCAUAGGGCUCUACCGCAGAGAGUGCCUGCUGAAACUGAACGAGAAUGCGGCGGGGAUGUUUGAGUCUGGUGAGGAGCCGGAGGUGAGCAACGGCUUGAGCAUCAUGAAUGAGCUGGUGGUGCCAUGCAUCCCCCUAUUGCUGGUCCACGACAUAGACGAGGACCUGCUGUCUGUGGAGGACAUGAGGAACCGCUGGUGCUCCUACCUGGGACAAGAAAUGGAGCCUAACCUUCAGGAGAAGCUGACUGACUUCCUCCCCAAGUUACUCGACUGCUCAACAGAGAUCAAAAGCUUCCACGACCCUCCCAAGCUGCCCACCUACUCCACCCUAGAGCUGGUUGAGCGCUACAGCCGUGUCAUUUCCUCCCUGAGCCGGGUGCCUGCAGACGGGAGAUGAGCUGAGGGGGCAGCAGCCUCACGGCCCUAUACGGCCCCCUGGGCACUCACUCAUGGACCUCUUUUAACCCAUGCCUUCCUUAUAAACCAGGGGUCGCUAGCUGUUAUUCCUCUGUUUCUCUUUUGCUGCUAAAGGUUUUAACAUAAUAAUUUCAAUUAUAUUUUUUAAGCAAAACGCAACAGAAAAAUGUAUGAAUGACCGGACAGUUGGAAAAAGUGAAGCUGGAAAAGUAGUGAAAAUGGCGAUCUUGCAGUGAUUGAAAGCCAGCGCAUGCUGCUCCAAGUGUUGUUAAAUGAGGUUGAGGUUGUUUUUUUGUAGCUGUUUUUUGUUGUCAUGCGGUUUGCCCCCCCCCCCCUCCCUUUCUUAAACAUCCCUUCUCCCAGAUGCUCUGCCAUCAGUUUGGUACAGUAUUAUCAUAUUGGGCUUUUUCUAAAGGAAGCUACGAAAUGAGAACCAUGUGAUUUAUCUGCGGCUUCCGGUAUCUCAAGUGGGUCUGGGGACUGCAUCAAAAUGAGAAGUUUUGAGUGCUGUGUUAGACAUCCAUGGACACUCUGUGGCUUGUUAAUAAAUCGAGAGAAUACAAUUUUAUUUAUGGCCCUUUUAGGCCAAAUAUGUAUUACCUUUGUCUGAUGUCCCAUGUCUUUAUUUCUGCACUAACACUAAACACCACAAUGUCCUCCAUUAUUCCUGAAGUGCCAUAAUGCAAUAAUGUGCAUCUCUAUGAAUUUGUUUUUGGAUGCACUUCAUGUUUUAUCAGCCAUUGUGUUUUGGUUUCUCGGAUCAUGACUUGCAGAUAUCAGAAACUGCCUUUAGACGGGGGUCUUUAAUUUAGCAACAAAACCGAAGCGUGGGGAACAAUGGGGCAAAACGGACAGGGUUGGCUUAAAUUGUUGACAACAUGUAAACUAUAUUUUGUGUCAAUGUUUAUUGAAAACAUAAAUACAUUUGCAAAACGA